AUGGAAGCCUUCAGGUGGUACACUCCUUUUGGUCCCACUUCUGAGGAGCAUAGUGCUUCAGUGGCCCUUGCUUUUAUCGGGCAGUCAGCACCCAACAUUAGAAAGAAGCUUCAGAGGCUAGAAGGUUUACAAGAUUUGUCGUUGAAAGAUUUGAUAAAAGAGGCUGAGAAAGGAGGACGGGGCUCGGAGCCCCUCCCCGAGCCUAGGGUAACCCUGAAGGUGGAGGGGCAACCCGUUGAGUUUCUGGUGGACACCGGUGCUCAACAUUCUGUACUGACUCAAGCUAGGGGCCCCCUCUCUGGCAAAAAGUCUUGGGUGCUCGGGGCUACAGGUCAGAAACAAUAUGCAUGGACUACCCAAAGAACGGUAGACUUAGGAGUGGGACGAGUAAACCACUCAUUCCUUGUCAUACCGGAAUGCCCCACACCCCUAUUAGGAAGAGACAUCUUGACCAAAGUCGGGGCCCAAAUAUCCUUUCAGGCUGAAGACACUCGAGUGACUAAUCGGGAGAAAAAACCUUUGGGCCUAAGUAUCCUGACCAUUAGAUUAGAAGACGAGUACCGUCUUUUUAAGGAACCAGAACCCUCCCGAGUUAGUCAGGGGUGGCUCAACCAGUUUCCAAGGGCCUGGGCGGAGACGGCGGGUAUGGGGCUUGCUGUGAACCAGCCCCCGGUGGUCAUAGAAUUAAAAGCCUCAGCCCUACCAGUGACUGUGAGACAAUAUCCAAUGAGUAAAGAAGCCAAAGAUGGAAUUAGACCCCAUAUCCAGCGGCUCAUAGAGCAGGGGAUAUUAGUAAAAUGUAAAUCCCCAUGGAACACUCCCUUACUGCCUGUAAAGAAAGCGGGAACAGGAGAUUAUCGACCAGUGCAAGAUUUAAGAGAAGUUAAUAAAAGGGUACAGGACAUUCAUCCCACUGUGCCGAACCCUUAUAACCUGCUAAGCUCCCUGGCCCCGGAAAACACCUGGUAUACAGUCUUAGAUUUAAAAGACGCCUUCUUUUGUUUGCGCCUGCACCAGAGUAGCCAACCGCUGUUUGCUUUUGAAUGGAAAGACCCCUCCACAGGAACUACUGGACAAUUGACCUGGACUCGCUUGCCACAAGGAUUCAAGAAUUCACCCACCCUCUUCGACGAGGCUUUACAUCAGGACUUGGCCUUUUACCGAGCCUCCAACCCACAGGUAACUUUAUUACAAUAUGUUGAUGACUUACUGAUAGCAGCCCCUACUCAGGAAGCCUGCCAAGAGGCCACUGGAGCCCUUUUGACUGAACUUGCUAAAUUGGGGUAUAGGGCAUCUGCCAAGAAGGCACAGAUUUGUCAACAACAAGUGACUUAUUUGGGAUAUUCCCUGAGAGAGGGGAAAAGGUGGCUAACUGAAGCCCGAAAGCAGACUGUGAUGCAGAUCCCGGUUCCCACUACUCCACGCCAGGUUCGCGAGUUUCUGGGGAUGGCAGGGUUUUGUAGAUUGUGGAUACCUGGAUAUGCCACCUUAGCCGCCCCUCUGUAUCCCCUAACCAAAGGGGCGGUCCCGUUUGUAUGGGGACCUGAACAACAACAGGCCUUUGAUGAUAUUAAGAAAGCCCUCUUGUCGGCACCUGCUCUGGCAUUGCCAGAUGUGACUAAGCCAUUUGUCCUCUUUGUGGAUGAACGGAGCGGAGUGGCUCGGGGAGUGUUGACCCAGCAAUGGGGACCUUGGAAGAGACCAGUCGCUUACUUGUCAAAGAAAUUAGACCCAGUGAGUAGUGGAUGGCCUGCCUGCUUGAGAGUAGUGGCGGCUGUGGCCCUCUUAGUUAAAGAUUCUGAUAAACUAACUCUGGGACAGAAGCUUGUUGUAGUUGCUCCACAUGCGCUGGAAAGUGUAAUUCGGCAACCACCCGAAAGAUGGAUGUCAAACGCCAGAAUGACUCACUACCAAACCUUGCUCCUAAAUCGCGAUCGUGUGGAAUUUGCCCUGCCCGCCAUCCUAAACCCGGCUACUCUGCUCCCCGAUCCGGGGAAAGAAGUACUCCAUACCUGCCAGGAAAUCCUGGCUGAGGAGACAGGGACCUGCCGGGACUUACGAGAUCAGCCCCUGGAAGGACCAGGACUCCUGACUUGGUACACAGAUGGGAGCAGUUACAUCAUGGAAGGUAAGAGGAUGGCGGGAGCUGCAGUAGUGGAUGAUGACCGGAUCGUGUGGGCCAGCGGACUCCCAACGGGCACUUCUGCACAGCGAGCGGAACUCGUUGCCUUGACUCAGGCUCUAAGGAUGGCAGAAGGUAAGAGACUUAACGUCUACACUGACAGCCGAUACGCUUUUGCCACCGCUCAUAUACACGGGGCUAUUUAUAGACAGAGAGGGCUGUUAACUUCUGCCGGGAAAGAUGUUAAAAACAAACAGGAAAUUUUAGAUUUGUUAGACGCCAUCCAUAGGCCUAAGGAAGUAGCGAUAAUACAUUGCCCUGGACAUCAGAAAGAUGACUCUCCAAUAGCUCAAGGAAACCGGAGGGCGGACCAAGCCGCAAAACAAGCAGCUCAGGGAAUGAACAUUUUACCCCUCCAGGUGCACCCGGAAGCAAUAUGUAUCAAGAGCUUCCAGUAUACACCUGAGGAUCUCGCUCGGAUGGACAAACUGGGGUUCCAAAAAUCUUCACCCCUCGGAACAUAUAAGUCAGGAAAUGGGAAAAACAUUCUGCCCCAGAAAGAGGCAGGAGAAUAUUUGAGGCAAUUACAUCAAUUGACACAUUUAGGAGCCAAGAACCUAAAAGCCCUGGUUCGACACUCCCCUUAUCAUAUCAUUGGUUUAGAAAAAAUGGCAGACGAGGUGGUGAAGAAUUGUGUUCCUUGCCAACUAGUAAAUGUGAAUAGACAUCAAAUGAUAUGCGGAAAAAGGCUUCGCGGAGAUCGGCCGGGAGCUUACUGGGAAGUUGACUUCACUGAAAUUAAGCCUGCUAAAUAUGGACAUAAGUACCUUUUAGUUUUUUUAGAUACUUUUUCAGGAUGGACAGAGGCUUUCCCCACCAAGACCGAGACAGCCCAGACGGUAUCCAAAAAGAUACUUGAAGAAAUUUUUCCGAGGUUCGGAAUCCCCAAGGUAAUCGGUUCCGAUAAUGGACCUGCUUUCGUUGCCCAGGUAAGUCAGGGAUUGGCCAAGAUCCUGGGGACAGAUUGGAAAUUGCAUUGUGCAUACAGGCCCCAGAGCUCAGGACAGGUAGAAAGGAUGAAUAGAACUCUAAAAGAGACCUUGACUAAAUUGUCCAUAGAGACUGGUUUGUGUGAUUGGUUGGUCCUCCUUCCCUUCGCUUUAUUUCGAGUCCGAAACACUCCCGGCCGCUUUGGGCUAACACCCUUUGAGAUAAUGUUUGGAGCCCCGGCUCCGCUUGAGUCGGCUCACCUCCACGCAUCCCCCGAAUGUGUAACUAAUAAGUUUCUGCUUGAAAGGUUACGGGCCCUAGAAGUUGUACAGAGAGAAGUGUGGGCCACCAUCCGGGAAGCCUAUCGGCCGGAAGACCUGUCGGUGCCUCAUCAGUUCCAGGUGGGAGACCCCGUUUACAUAAGACGACACCGAACAGGAAACCUUGAGCCUCGGUGGAAAGGACCCUUCAUCGUCCUCUUGACCACUCCCACAGCCGUGAAAGUAGAUGGCAUCUCCUCCUGGGUACACGCUUCACAUCUGAAGAAAGCGCCCCAGUCGGACUCGGAUUGGCGAGUAACUCGGACUGAUAACCCUCUUAAGCUUCGCUUGUGUAGGAAGAAUUAUGUUAUUAGUGACUCUAAUGCUCCUACUAACCCCAACCCACCAGAACACUAACCCUCAUGAGCCUAGGUUACUGACAUGGCAGGUCUACUCCCAGUCAGGAGAGGCAGUGUGGUCUAUUUCUAAGGCCGCCCCCCUUAAGACCUGGUGGCCAUCCCUGCACCCUGAUAUCCACCCUAACGGGACCCCUGCUUAUUCUUGUAUUGCUUCUCACUUUUGGUCCCUGUGUUUUAAACCGGCUAAUAUCCUUUGUUAGAGAAAGAGUGAGUGCCGUUCAGGUACUAAUGCUGAGGCAGCAGUAUCACUCUCUUACGCAGCAAGAAGAAACGAACAUUCCAUGAUUGGAAUGAUCAAAGAGAAAGUGGGGAAAUGUAGGACCUAAACAUUCAGUGAAGACAGCAGGUUAGCCUGAGCACAGCCAUCUUAAGAAACCCAGAGG